GCCGAGGGGUUCAAGAAGGCUGUAGAGAAGCAGAAAAUGGUGGCUUUGUUCGAGGAGCACACGCCCAAGAUCUUCGAGAUGAUUAUUGGCAACGUUCCUGCCGAAAAUAUUGCAAUCCAGAUUGAGUAUGUCUGCGAGAUCAAAGCAAUCGUCCUCGACGAUGGCAAAGAUGUUUUGGGACUCAUAAUCCCAAUGUCACUUGCGCCACGAUAUGGAGCCAUGGUAUACAUACCAUGGACUGCAGACAAAAGCUGAAUCAGAUGGUCUUUCGAUUGAGGUCAGGAUUGAAGACAGAGGCAGGAUCAAGCAAGUGUAUUGCAACCAUCUAGCCGACUUUAUGAAGGAUGCUCCGAUGGACGUUGUCAAAGUCGCCAGUCUCUUUGACCUUAACAAAAACAUUGGGGAGGUCCGUACAACCGUCUCACCAGCCCCAACUUAUACCGUAGUGAAAUACUCCACGGAAACAGCAAUCAUGGACGAAGAUUUCAUCGUGUCCAUCGAAAGCAGUCUGAGCUACCCGGUUCGUGCCCGGGCCACUUUGUCACCGCCAAAUGAAGAUGGCCUGGCAGCUCUCAUGAUCAACCUGAAGCCUGCAGAAGUGUUCGAGGAUGCCAGUCAUCUGGAAAGUUUCGAUGGGGAGAUCAUCUUCCUCCUCGACCGCAGUGGAUCAAUGGACUUGGGUACACCCUGGAGCAAGAGAACCAACAUGUCGACUUUAAGAGACUCGAUGCCGCUCUCCCUUGCUAGCUUACCAACGACAUGUCAUCUUAAUAUUGUGUCGUUCGGACAUAACGCCGAGUUCCUGUGGGAAAGAUCGCAGCCGUACAAUCAGAACACCCUCGACGAUACCAGGAGUUAUGUCCGUGGCCUGGAAGCGAACUUGGGCGGCACAGAAUUGCUCCAUGCAUUGAGAAAAGUGGUCGAAUCGAGAAGGCACACAUCGUCAUCAACACAGAUCGUCAUUGUAACUGACGGAGAGAUCGCACCGGAGGAGGUCCUCACAUUUGUCUGGGAAACUCGCCAAAAGCUGGGGAAAAGUGGCAGGUCCUUCGUUCUGGGUAUUGGCGAGAGAGUUCCCCAUCGCAUCAUCAACAGGAUUAGCGAGCUUGGAGGAGGCUAUGGAGAGGUUAGCGACAUCGACGCCAACCCCGAGUGGACCAAUAGGCGCAGUCUCAUGCUUACAUAUGGACUCAUUCCCAAGACAUGGACCUGUGAGGUUAACCUGGGUCCUGGUUUUACCAGACAGGACCUCUACACCGAUGGAUUUAUGGAUAAGCAUACUGGAACGGAGGUCAAAGACGUUCGAGCUGCUUCUUUUGUUCAACCUCCUUUUCCAACGCCAUGCUUGAAUCCUUUUGCAUUCUCAUCAGUCUUCCUCUUGCUGGAUCUACGCUUAAGGGCCGCCUCAACUAAGGUCACAUUGAGGGCAGCCUCUCAUGGUGGAGACAUUGAGUUAAAGCAUAAGCUCAACAUCGACAAAACGUCGAAUGACACAUCUAAGGUCCAGCACCUUGCAGUCCGGGCAAGUCUACUUGGUUUGGAAGCUCAACUGAGCCACCGAGUUGCAAACCGAGUUCAGGAAGACACUGCCAAGAUGAACGCUGUGUUACUUGGGAACAAGUUCAAAGUCGCGAGCCGAUGGACAAGUCUUGUUGCUUUUCAGGGCUCAGAGGAAAUGGCCGAUUAGGUCGAGCUAAACAAAGCGAAUAUCAUUCAAGGAGCAGUGAAUGAUUCACUUGAGCGCAUCGUGGCAAGCCGCAAGUACACAACCGGACACUCCGUACGGUCCCAUCAAGAUGUUUUGGUCAAUCACGAGGAUUGCCGAAACACUCAUGGUUGUCUACCUUUUGCGUACAUACUUAGCGCAGAAGCGCGAGGUUUGGAGAAUGAUGGCCUCCAAAGCCAUAUCAGCGGUGCCCGCGAUACUAAGGUCAAUGAAUGAAGACGAAGUGAAAAAGCCGGGGUCGCUGUAAAGAUUCCUUGUCGCUUCUUCCAUGCAUUCGUAUGAUGGGAAGUGCGCAGAGUUCAAUACGAUGGUGAGCGGUUUGCAGGUCUGUCCCUUUUGGCUAGCAGACGAACGUUGUACGAAGUGCCCUUACAGUCGUAAGAAAGGGCAGUCCGAGGGUACAGGCUAUGGAACAAGCAGUGGUGGUCCCGAUGGAGC